AUGCCCCCGAAGAAGCGCUUCCUCCGCAACGCCUCCACCCUCAUACCCACGCCGCCGCCAACCAACGCCCCCGCCACCGCCGCGGAGACCCUAGUUCUCCCAACCGCGAGCCCGCAGCCUCCCGUCACCGAAUCGGGCCUUUUGCUACCGCCGCCGCCUAAGGCUGCGGAUCCCUCCACGCCACCGAUCCCGGCUGCCGAGGCUAAGUUACCCACCACGCCGCCGUCUGCUCCUGGUGCGGCGGCGGCGGAGCCUGCGCCCGAACAGAAGGUACGGAAACACAAGGUUAUAAAGAGGAUCGUGAAGGUCCCCAAGGGCACCUUGGCGGCCCGCAAGGACGCGGCGGCUGCUGCUGCUGCUAGUGCUGAUGGUGCAGGAGCCAAGCCGAAUGAAACAUUGGGUGACAAGGGCUGCAACAAUGGAUGCUCGCACUUAUGUUGUAAAGAAGGGCAGUCGUGUGUCACCAAUUGCAAACUAGCUGCUGCUGCUGCCGCUGCGAGGGAAGCGCUGAUUAAGAGAAAGCAACUUUUGUUGGAAAAACAAACCUUGGCUGCGAAGCCAGCGAUUGAUUGCAAUAAUGCUCCAGUAGAGGGGGUGAAGGAAGGCGGCCUUCACUACGAUGCCAAGGAGGAGGACGUGAGGGCGGUUUUCAGUAAGGCUGGGGAGAUCACGCAGGUGCACGUGAUACCGAACACUCAAACAUGGAAGAACCAGGGGUACUGCUUCGUGCAGUACCGUGAGGCUGCGCACGCGAAGAAGGCCAUCGAAGAGCUUGGCAAUGUGAAGAUUUGUGGGAAGCGUUGUCGAACUGCAGCUCUGGAUGGGAAUAACAUCGACAAGAAACGGAAGAAAGAAGAUAUAAGGCGAGCAGGGGCUUACCAACCGGAGCAGACAUAUGGAGAUAGACAGUAG